CCAGUAAUUGUUCAAUGUUAUGGUCUAACUAGAGACGAAAAUAAAUAUUAUCUUGUUAUGGCUAAAAUGGAUACAGAUCUAAGGAAUUAUUUAAAACAAAAUAAAUCAUUGACUUGGAAAGAAAGAAUCUCAAUCGUCUCUAAUAUUAUAAAUUCACUUUAUAUAAUUCAUAAUGAGAAAGCUAUUCAUAGAGAUUUACAUUCUGGAAAUAUUUUAUAUUCAAAAAAAAUUGAUUAUUGGUAUAUCUCGGAUUUUGGAUUUUGUGGACCCGCCGAUAAACCAUUAAAAACCAUAUAUGGAAAUUUACCUUACGUUGCACCAGAAGUUCUCGUCGGAAGAAAAUAUACUUUUGCUUCGGAUAUUUAUAGUAUCGCAAUACUUAUGUGGGAAAUGUCAUCCGGAAGACCACCAUUUCAA